ACGAAAACAUCACAAACGUAAGUGGUGACGAGAACGUAAUUGUAGAUGUGGUUGACUUUUGCGUCACUUCACCCUUCAAUCCAAAACUGCCGUCAGACAUCUUUCUAUCCUUUUUGUUCGGAAUCUUUAUAUGGAGAAGACCACAGCAACAGGUUACAGACAACCAACACUCUCUCAGUCGCUCACUACUCUAACUCUGUCUAGAACCAGUUUCUGUACACUGUACUUCCACGAAAUCAAAAAUGGCGACGGUUAGAAGGACUAAGCUGGGCUCACAAGGUCUAGAAGUCUCUGCUCAGGGCCUGGGAUGCAUGGGUAUGUCUGCCUUCUACGGCCCACCCAAGCCCGAUACGGACAUGAUCGCUCUCAUCCACCACGCCAUUGAUUCCGGCAUUACCUUCCUCGACACCUCCGACAUUUAUGGCCCCUUCACUAACGAAAUCCUUCUCGGAAAGGCGCUUAAAGAAGUGAGGGAGAAAGUUGAGUUAGCAACCAAGUUUGGAAUAAGCUUAGCCGACGGCAAGCGGGAGAUUCGAGGUGACCCGGCGUAUGUUAGAGCCGCCUGCGAGGCCAGCCUGAAGCGGCUCGAUGUAGAUUGUGUGGAUCUCUAUUACCAGCACCGGAUCGACACUCGUUUGCCCAUUGAAGUCACGAUUGGGGAGCUGAAGAAACUAGUUGAAGAGGGCAAAAUAAAGUACAUUGGUCUGUCAGAGGCCUCAGCAUCAACAAUUAGAAGGGCACAUGCUGUUCAUCCAAUAACAGUUGUGCAGCUUGAAUGGUCCUUGUGGUCUAGAGAUGUUGAGCAAGAUAUAAUUCCAACAUGCAGGGAAUUGGGCAUUGGUAUUGUUGCAUACAGCCCUCUUGGACGCGGUUUCCUCUCAUCAGGACCCAAGUUUGUGGAAAGUUUGCAUGAUAGUGACUUCCGCAAGCAUCUUCCAAGGUUUCAAGGUGAAAAUCUUGAACAUAACAAGACUAUAUACGAGAAAGUCAAUGAAAUGGCAGCCAGAAAGGCGUGCACUCCUGCGCAGCUAGCAUUGGCCUGGGUUCAUCACCAAGGAGAUGAUGUAGUUCCCAUCCCUGGAACUACCAAGAUUGAAAAUUUCAACCAAAAUAUUGGAGCCUUAUCAGUUAAGCUGACACCAGAGCAAAUGGCUGAGCUUGAAUCUUAUGCUUCAGCAGACGCUGUAAAGGGUGACAGGUACGCAUUUUCCUCAGGAACUUGGAAGGAGUCUGAUACUCCACCACUAUCUUCAUGGAAAAGCGAGUGAGGACAUGUCUUUCUCCAUCUCAUAUUGUAUUCGCUUUCUAAGUCACUGACAUUCGCAACAUGUCAAAAAUAUUACUACAGAAUAACUGGUUUUCUGCCAAGUGGGUAUCAAGGCUAGGUUUGUGUUACCCAUUUGUAGAGUUUUUAAACUUUCAUGUUUAUUUAAAGAAUAAGUGAUUUUCUACCAAGUGGCCUCCAUGAGAUUUUGUAUUCUCACUUGUAAGAUUUUAAACUGCAUGUGUGGCAAUGUACUCAAGGUAUUAUUUCUUAUGAAAUGAUGUAGAGGCAUUUGGGAGAGGAAACUCCUUUGGGGCCUUGAGUGAGAGUUGUGUAUAAUAUAAUAUCCAAGUUAAAUAAUUCUUCCAUAUGCAAUGAAAAAUCUGUGAAUGAUUUGUAGAUUAUAAUAUCAAA